UGGCAGCCGCACCGAUCCGUCUGUCGAUCUCCCGCUCCAUUCUUCCCUCACUCGUGAACAAGACCCCGAGAUACUUAAACUCCUCCACUUAAAACUGUGUUGGCCUAAAAUAAAACUCCUUGCAAUGACUUGAAUGUACAAAGAUAGACGUUUUAUGACUACUGCUGUCCUAGUAAAUUCCAAGUUCUCUUUAAACCAAUACCCGGGACUUGAAAGUUUUACUAUGUCGUCAUCUAAAAAGUUCAUUUUCAUUGGAAUCAAUGAAAGAUUUUUACUAAAAAGUUUGAAGCUUUGAACUUGUUUCUCACCAACCUUAAUCUCAAAAUCCAAAAUGGCCACCUUGCAUAUACUAACUUGCUUAUACUAACUAUAAAACAUAGUGAAAAAAGAUGUGAGGAAAACCUAUUUGUACUCUAUUUGCUUCUAAUUAAAUUAGACAUAUUUUAAUCCAAAUUCCAUACUUUUCCAGAGACCAAUUUCCAGGGAUCCCUGUCUUCAGAAUUCUCUUUAAAACCAGCCAAAACCAAAUGUGUAAGGAAGGAGGAGAACAGGACACGGGGAAAGAUGAAGAGGAAGGAAGGAAUAGAGGUAGGAUACAAGAAAGAAAAAGGUAGAGAAGAAAGGAAGGUAGAACACAAGGUAAGUAGGAAGGAAGGAAGGAAUGGCAGAAAAGCAAGCAAAGGAUGGACACAAAGAAGACAGGAAGAUAGGAUACUGGGAAGAAGAAAGGACAUAAAAAAGAAGAGAAUGACUGUAGGUAGGAGACGAGGGAGUAAGGACUUUGGGGACAGAGAGUAAAUGAAGACUGGACGCAGUUAUUUGUCAACACCCGAAAGAUACAGAAGUCAAAUUCCAAAAAUUUUCCAACUAAGCCAAACUGGGUAGGAACCUUGUAUUUGAAAGUAAAAAAUUGCAGCAAAAUUCUUGAUUAUUAGCUUCCUCUGCUAAUGGUUAGAAUGGUUAUUGGACAUAGCGGUUAGCAAAUCACACAGGUUUCUGAACAUGAAUGUGGAACAUAGGUUUGGUUUGAUUUCUAAAUCCACCAACACUUGUUUACCAUUGUACUACAUUACAAACAUUUUACAGUGGUUCUACAAGUAAACAUUAAGUUUCCCUAAUAUAAGUAUUUUUCACAGACCUUUUAAAUCAAUAUUUAGAUAGCAGCUGGACUUUUUCAGUUUGUUAAACAUAAAUAUGUUCAUAUUCAUUGCCAUUGUAUGAUCAGUUGAAAGUGUCCAUUUUUAGUGAAAAGUAGAAAUUGCUACAGUGUUUACAGGUCCAAAAUGCAGACAUACAUUUAGCUAGCAUUAGCAGUUAGCCUGAUUACUGAAAAGAUCAAAUCCCAGCAGGUUUGGACUUAAAAACUGGAACAUGGUUUAGGUUUGAUGGUCCCGAACUGAUGUAUGACCCUCGAGUACAAAACACACAUUUCCUACAUCAAAGUUUGUAUUAAUCUUGAAUAUAUUUAUCCCAAAUUUUCUCUAAUGUACCACUAAAGGCAACUUCAGUGCCACCAGGAGUGCUUGCGCCACCGUUUGAGAACCAUGAGUAGACAGCACGGGUUACCUCACUAGUUUUAGUCAAUAUUCCUCGGGAAUUGUGCGCAUGUGCGAGAGGGCUAUGGGAAGGCUUCCGCCUUCAGUACCUCUACGGUCGUUACGUAGACAUGGCAGAGCUCCACCGUCGCCGAAAGGAGCGUGACCGCGGCAGCUCGUCGGCUGAGGGAGCAUCCUCUCCCGCCACCUCCGGAGCCCAGAGGGAUACUUCUGGAGACUCCUCCACGCUGUUCGCUAAGCUGCUUGCCGCGGCUUUUUACGGAGUCAGCUCGUUUCUGAUUGUUGUCGUCAAUAAAAGCGUCCUCACCAGCUACAGGUUUCCAUCAUCAACAUGUGUUGGUAUUGGCCAGAUGCUGGCCACAAUUGUUGUCCUGAGGACUGGGAAGAUGUUGGGUGUCAUCUCAUUCCCAGAUCUGGACGUGACUGUACCAGGCAAGAUGUUCCCUCUGCCGCUGCUGUAUGUUGGGAAUCAGAUCUCGGGCCUUUUUGGGACACAGCGACUCAACUUACCCAUGUUCACAGUCCUGAGGAGGUUCAGUAUUUUUCUCAUCAUGGUGUUUGAGGGAUUCCUGCUGAAGAAGACGUUCUCUGUUUCCAUAAAGAUGACCGUGUUCACCAUGAUCUUUGGUGCUUUUAUUGCUGCAAGUGCCGACUUAGCUUUUGAUCUUGAAGGAUACAUGUUCAUCAUGCUGAACAACGUCCUGACCGCAGCUAGUGGGGCUUUUGUGAAGCAGAAGCUGGAAUCAAAGGAGCUGGGCAAAUAUGGGCUGCUGUAUUACAAUGCUUUGAUCAUGAUUUUCCCUACGCUGGGGUACGCGUAUUACUCAGGAGACUUACAGACGGGCCUGGAAUACAAAGGCUGGGCUGAUCAACUGUUUGUUGUGCAGUUUGUGCUCUCCUGUGUCAUGGGGUUUAUUUUAAUGUAUUCCAUCAUGCUGUGCACACAGUGUAACUCAGCACUCACCACCUCCAUCAUAGGCUGCAUCAAGAACAUCCUGAUCACGUACAUAGGAAUGGUGUUUGGCGGGGACUACAUAUUCACCUGGCUGAACUUCCUAGGUCUGAACAUCAGCAUUGCUGGGAGCCUGGUGUACUCCUAUAUCACUUUCACACAGGAGCAAAGCAGUAAGAAAUUCCAUCAAUCAUAAUCCUCACUGAAAUUCACAUUAUUUUCCCCCCUUAGAUCCACUUCAUACUGGAUUAAGACCCAACUACAUCUGGUACCGCUUACUGUGCCUUCCAAACGUAUUCAUACCCCUUAAGACUUUGUCACAUUACAAAAAAAACUUUAUUGGCUCUAAUGUGGCAGACCAACACACUAGUGCAUAUUUGCAAACUGAAAGAAUAAUUGUACUCGUCGUCUUCCCCUUAAUCAGGGACCGGGUCGCGGGGGCAGCAGACUCAGCAGAGACGUCCCUCUCCCCAGACAACUCCUCCAGCUCCUCCAGGGGGAGCCCAAGGCGUUC